AUAAUAAUAAUAAUAAUUACAACUUGUUUAGCUACAGUUUUACUACAAAAUACAGUGGCUAAACUAUGGUUAGAGUAGCAAAAACAUCAUUAAUUUGUAGUUGCUACAAAAAACAUGUUCUCUUAAUAUUAUUUGUAGUAAAACAAUGGUUAAAGACUUCUGUGGUUUUUGUCAAUGGCAUAAACAAGACUAAGUCUAUUAUGGUAUUACAUGCUAAACUAUUAAAACAGAAUUUGUUUCGUGAAACAAAAUAAAGGCUAUUUAUUAAGAAAUGUUUGGUGUCCACUUACAUUGUGUUUAUUUUCAUAUUAAAAAUUUAUGACAUAUGAAGUGAGAUUCGAUCAAGCAUAGUAAUCUGCAAAUCUUUUAUUUCAGAAAUGCGUUUUUUUUUCUGAAAUGGCAGUUAUUAAACCCUGUAUGAACUAUACAAGCCUGUUUAUUAAAACGCUUGGGGUAAUUACACCACUCUUCAGAGUUAACCUGUCAGUAAUUUUCCUCAAGCUCAAACAAAAUGGACUUUUGUUGGUACAAGUCAGAAACUGGCAUUUUAAAAUAUGGUCUGUUAACAAGUGAAACAUAGGAUAUUAACAUAUGCUGUCAAAGUAACGCCUGAUAUUAAGAGAAACCCGCAUUUAUACAGGCAAAAGGCGAAUUUUCCAUUGUCUGUUCAACAUAUUAUGACUAACGUGUAGACCACAACGUUGAAUCAAAAUCAUACUUCUGAAAGAAUACAUACAUUUUAGACACCCACAAGGUUUUGUUUUGGCUUCCUUUGAGAGGAUUCAAGCCCUUAUUCGCGCGCUGCUGUUCUCUGUUUCACUUGCUCUCUACCAGUCCGUGAAGAACAUUGUUUUAUCCGCGCGUGAAAGUCUCCCUCUCAUCUGAUUGGCUGGUUUCACGGUAGGGGGCGUGACAAGCCGGUGCGUGUUAUUUAAACGGAUUUGAAGCCUAGAAGCAACAGCACAUGAGUUACCGCACGCCGCAAAACAAGAGGAGAAAUGUGGUGAUUUCUGUUCUUGCACUACAAAUACUUUUAAUACAUUACAAAUAGAGGAGAACAUCAAUGCGAAGACUGUGGAUAGUAACGCCAUUCGUGGGAUAUUUAUAAAUGAGAAGGGUUUCGUAUUUCAUCUACAGAUGACUAGGACAUUUGAUCAAUGACAUCACCGGAGUAGAUGAGAACGCAGUGAUAGCCCCUUCUGUGGCCCUUCUGUCAAUCAAAAGGUCCAAUUAGAGCAAAGAGACGCCUCCUGCGUCCGGCUCUGAACAUCCACACCAUUUUCUGCUUGUGUUGGUCCCCGUGAGUGUUUCAAAACUGUUUCUCCAACGCUUUUUCCAAAAACUAAGACUGUUUUCCAAAGCAGAAACAGCACAGAACUCCCAGACUGAGGUGAUGGGAAGUGUGCGGGCCAACCGCUACAGCAUUGUGUCAUCAGAGGAGGACGGUAUGAAGUUGGCCACUGCUGCGGUGCCAAAUGGGUACGGUAACGGGAAGAGCAAAGUGCACACCCGUCACCAAACCCAAAGCAGGUUCGUCAAGAAAGACGGACACUGCAACGUGCAGUUCAUCAAUGUCAGCGAAAAGAGCCAGCGCUACCUGGCUGACAUCUUCACCACAUGCGUGGACAUCCGCUGGCGAUGGAUGUUCGUUAUCUUUUGCUUGGCCUUCCUGCUGUCGUGGCUGUUUUUUGGAUGUAUCUUCUGGUUGGUUGCCAUAUUCCAUGGAGACCUGGAGAACAAUGGUCACAAGUGUGUCUCCAACGUCAGUAGCUUCACUGCUGCCUUUCUCUUCUCCAUCGAGACGCAGACUACAAUCGGCUAUGGUUAUCGAUAUGUUACAGAUGAGUGCCCCAUCGCGGUGUUCAUGGUGGUGUUUCAAAGCAUAGUUGGCUGCAUCAUUGACGCCUUCAUCAUCGGUGCAGUCAUGGCAAAGAUGGCAAAGCCCAAGAAAAGGAACGAGACGCUGGUGUUCAGCCACAACGCUACGGUCGCCAUGAGGGACAAUAAGCUGUGUCUGAUGUGGAGGGUGGGGAACUUGCGCAAAAGCCACCUGGUGGAGGCCCAUGUCCGUGCUCAGCUCCUCAGGUCUCGCACCACAGCCGAAGGAGAGUUUAUCCCUCUUGACCAGAUGGACAUUGAUGUAGGCUUCGACAGUGGCAUUGACCGCAUCUUCUUGGUGUCACCCAUCACCAUCGUCCAUGAAAUCGACGAGGACAGCCCUUUCUAUGAUAUGAGCAAACAAGAAAUGGAAAACUCUGACUUCGAAAUUGUGGUCAUCCUGGAGGGCAUGGUGGAGGCUACGGCAAUGACCACCCAGUGUCGUAGCUCCUAUGUGGCGAAUGAAAUCCUCUGGGCACACCGCUUUGAGCCAGUCCUCUUUGAGGAGAAAAACUAUUACAAAGUAGACUACUCUCGCUUUCACAAGACCUACGAAGUCCCCAGCACCCCGCUGUGCAGUGCAAGGGACCUUGCUGAGAAAAAGUACAUCAUAUCCAACUCUAAUUCAUUUUGCUAUGAGAACGAGGUGGCCCUUUCAAACAAAGAGGAGAAAGAAGAAGGGCACGGGGACAGCCUGGGGCCUGGGGGAACAAACACGGAAACUAGCUCAGACUCUGAACACAGCCAGGCCACCGUUCCCUUAGAACCUCGGCCUCUACGGCGGGAAUCUGAAAUAUGACUGUGCAAAACUGGCGGGAAGGUUUGACAGACACCUCUUCAUACAGGCACAAUUGAGCUGAACUGAGCCCUUCGGCGAAUCAGACUCAAGCUAACGGUACAGUUACGAAGAGGAAGCAACUGUACAAGAGUGUUCUUACGAAUAUGCAUGGUUAAAUAAACACAGCAUAGAGGCACUGCACAGCUUAAGAAGAAUGCACAUCAAGGAAGGGGAGGAGAGAGUUUCCCAUUUUGGCAACACUACCUUUUCAGACCGUUGCUUCUGAAUGAUAUAAAGCCGAGAGGAUGUAACUGGUUGGCAAAACUUGAAAAUGAGCAGGCAUGUGUCCAUGUGCAGUUGUCCAACGAUAUGAGAAUGAUUUAAGCUCAGACCAAUAUUUGCUGCUAUCGGAGGUGAUAACGAAAUAAAGGUACAAAAGUUGUCACUGAGGCGGUACCUUUUUAAAAAGUACACUUUUGUAUCUAAAGGGUCCAUGUUGGUAUUAGUACUCAAAGUGUGCAUAUCAUCACCUUUAAUAGUGACAGCUUUUGUACCUUUGUUUCAGAAAGUGUAUCAUUGAGGAAAAUGUACACUGUAAAACACAAAAAGUUAAGGUAACUCAAACCAUUUGAAGAAACCAAUUGCAACAAACCAUUUAAGUUCAAUAACUAAUCCUAUUGAGUACUGUGAACUUAAUCCAUUUGAGUAAACGAAGCAAUUUAAGCACAGUAAACCCCAAUAAAUGAAGAGAACUCAAACCAACUGAGUACUGUAAAACCAAUUAAGUUAAGGCAACUCAAACCAUUUGAGGAUCCGGAUUGCUACAAACCAUUUGAGUUAAACUAAUCUAUAUGAGUACUGUGAACUUACUCCAUUUAAGUUGAAGUAAUGAGGUAUUUAAUUGACUCAUUACUUUCAACACUGAGUUCAAGGCACUUUACAAAUGAGUAGAAGUAACUCAAGAAAUUGAGUUAACUACACUCAUUUCAUUUGAUAAAGUUGACUGUUGGGUUUUACAAAGUACUCUCAUUCGAUUCUGUGAAAAAGCAAUUUUCAAAUUAACAUAACAAUAGAUCAUACAAAUAACAUUAUACAAAUGAGAUAAAACAGCCAGGAGUGUUAGUCAAUGUCUUAAGUAUAAUUAAAAAGUCCUGUUCUUACCGUCUAGUUAAUUAUUCCAUCAUCCCCUCUUUUCCUUUUUCUAUUUGAGUCCACUGGCCUUCGAGUGAGCCAUGGGUAUUUCUGGAACAGUGAGGGGGUUUAGUAGGUGGGUGACCUCUAUUUGGAAAUACAGACACACCGUUGUCCGUCUUAAAAGAAAAGAAAGAAAAAACAAUGUGUUGGAACUCGGAAGCCCACCGCAGAACACGGUUAUCUAUAGGGAGAAAUGCACAGGAACAUGCCUGUUUAUUGUUAUAUCGAUUAUAUAUAUGGGACAGGGUCUUUAAAUCAGUAUCAGUCAUCAUGUCCACAGGGACAAAGAGAGUGAACGUGUUAAUGAAUGUCUUUCUACAAGUGCUGCUAUGUUGCAUAUAGACUUUUAGACUUAAACCAAAGAGUAUUCAAAAUGACCUUUCAUAAAAGAAUUUAAUGCAUUCUUUAUUAGACAUAGGACAAGUUAUGAGGUGGAGUAAAAAUAUAUAUAUAUUUGUAAGAGGAGGGGAAAAAAGUUUUUUGUUUGCUUACGCACAUAUAUGGUUUAUUUUUAUUGUUUAUUUUCUUGUUCGAAGCCAAACAUAGAACAUGAAUAACAGAGCCCUUAGGAAAUAAGAGAGCUACAGGUUAGCCGACCUUAUUUCAGACUCCUUUUCACCCCAGAACUUCAGUGUUACUGUACUUUAGUGCUACAAAAGUGUUUGGGUUGCUAGAAAACCUUUUAGAUUCAAAGUUGUAUUUGCAUGGAUUUUUAUUUACAAACAGUUUCAGUGAACGACGGGAGAAAAAGGCUUGGGUUUUAUUGGAGAGGAGUGGGGCGGAAAACACAAUCCACUCUCCCUUCUGACUUUAAAACUCUCUAAUAAUUAAUUAUUUCUCAAUCAACUUUAACCUCUUGCCUUGCCUGACAAACUGCAAUACAACCCUAAUGACUUGUUUGGCAGGUGUACCAAGGACUGGGUAUGUAGGACUGGGUAAUUAGACUGAGAUCAUGGUACUGUGAUCCAAUGACAAUCAGAACACAGAAUCUGAGCUCAGAACCGCACUUGCACACAAAAUGUGCUCCUGAGAUAUCGCUUGACGUUUGAUUGUGAUGUCUAACAUGUCUCCUGUCACCCUCUUUAUUUUUCUUUCCUUUUAAUGCCCGACAUACAAACUAGAGCACUUUCUCCAGAAAGCUCGAUAAAAGGAGACUAUAAAAUUAGAGGAUAUUUAUUUUGAAA